AUGAGUAGCAUGCAGGUGGAGGGCAAACUCACGAUGAUAAGCAACUAUGGUGGAGAUGUGUUCUUGGAUAUCGAAGUCGGGUUGCGGUGGGUAUGGCAUCGUGUCAUUGUUUAUGAUGCCGAUAAUGUGCUGCUUCUCAAUGGCAGGGUCGGUGAGGAGGUACGUCGCGAAGACCAAAGUGCCUACAAAAGUGAGUACGUCGCCGAGGAUAAUGAAAAUGCGCACAACGAUGACGUUUCUCUUGAACCACAGCAGGGAGACGGAGUAGCCGCGUUUCAUCUCCCUCAUCAGGCAAAGACAAUUGCUGAUUUCGUCUUCUUCGGCUGCGUUGACUUUGUCCUCCACCCAACGUUCAUUCCACUCCGUUGGAUGAAUACACUGUGGAUAACGAAGCAGGAUGGUGGUUUGUUAGGCGAAGACGGUGGCAUGCGUGACAUGCGUUUUCUCGUGAGUCGCCAUCCCUCCACAAGACCAUCAGCCUUAGGUGAUGCCGCUUGCUUGAAAGUGGGUGCCUCUCAAACACUCCUACCAUUACUGCCAACCACAAACUUUCCUCCAUCAUUUAUGCGCCCUUUAAACCGAUUCAACGCAAACUACUCACCUCAGCAUUGCCACCAAAUGAUUGGGUUGACUAAGCACUCAAAUUGUGGAAAAAAAGGAAAAGAAUAG